AUGUCCUCUCCAAGCCCUAACAAGUUGUUGAACUUGGCACAGCAAGGACUUGCACAACAAUUAAUGUAUGGUUCACCGACUUCUACACAACCCCCGGCAUGGACCAUCGAUCUGAUAGAAGAGGUCAAAGCGUUAAAAAUAUCUUCGCAAAAAGUUGAAUCUACCCUCAAUCAGCUUACAAUCAAAGUGUCUGAUGUAGAAAUCGAACUCUCUGGACUCACUAAACAAGUAAAUGAUAUUGAAACAUCGUGCAAAUUUUUGCAUCAGGAUGUCGAACAACACAUGCGCGACAUUAAUCUUUUAAAAGAUGAACAGUCCAAUAUUAAGAAAUGGAAUGCUGAUAUUGAAAAACAGAAUUUCGAACUUGAAAAUUUGCAGUUAGAUCUUCAAACACGGUCAAUGAAUGACAAUCUUAUAUUUCAUGGAAUCGCGGAAACGCCAUCUCCACUUGUAAACAACAGUGCUCCAGUAGAGGAUUGCCGCGCUCUUGUCAAUGAAUUGAUCUCUGACAAACUUAGUAUUGACAGUACAUCCAUUAAUUUACCAAAGGUACACCGCCUGGGCGCCGAUCGAGCCAAGAAACCGCAACCCAUCGUGGCCAAAUUCGGAAAUCCCGACGAACGUGAAACAAUCCGCAAAAAAUCGUUCGACAAGGACGUCAAGGAGAAACUUAAGACUGCCCGACAAGGAGUGGGGGUACAGCGCCCCCAAGUUAAUCGUGAUGCCAGAAAGAUGUUUGGUGACCUUAUCGAUGGAUACGAACAGGCCGGCAAAACGGUACGUCAACAGGAACGUACGCUUUACGUAAACGGAAAACUGACCAAAGUCUACAUGAACAACAAGGUUAUCGACCCGCCAGCCUUUAUGAUGACUGUGGAAAACUAA